UUCAGUACAACUUUCCCAGUACACUCGAACAUCGUGGGUUUUUUUUUAUUUUGGUAAAUUUUAUAUAUAUAUGUAUAUAUAUUUUGUUCCAUAUUGUGACUGAGGCGGUCUUCCGAGAUGAGUGUAAAUCGUUAUAACUUCUCGCUAACCACAUUCAAUCCGGCUGGCGAGCUGAAGCAGGUGGAGUAUGCCAAUAAUUGUGGGUCGAAGGGUGCGCCAACUGUGGGUAUCAUAACGAAGAACGGACUCGUUUUGGCCACAGAGAAGAGGAUCGACUCAAAGCUUACGAUCGGACGUACCGUCAAGAAGCUGGAGAAGAUAAGCUCGCAUAUGGCGAUGGCCUAUUCCGGCAUGGCUCCAGAUUUUCGCAUCCUGUCAAAGAUGGCGCAAAAGACGUGCGCCGCAUACAGCUUGGUCCACUCGGGCAUUGUGCCCGUCGACGGCAUGGCGAUGGCCGUUUCCAACACCAUGCAGGAGUUCACCCAAUCCUGUGGGGUUCGUCCAUUCGGGCUAUCCGUCCUGCUUGGCGGCUGGGAGAGGGGGCGUGCACGUCUCUUUCGCUUGGAUGCCGCUGGUUCGCUUCUGCCCUUUAGAGCCUGUGCCGUCGGCAAAGAUGCAGAGCAACGCAUGGCAUUUCUGGAACGCCACUAUACUCCCAGACUUACUAUGGAAGUCGCCAUAUAUCUGGCCAUUCAGGCGAUCAGGAUGGGCAACGAGCAGUCGAUGCCGGCCCAGCAUUUCGAAAUUGGCAUAGUCGAUAAGACUGGCUUCAGGCGCCUGGACAUCGCGACAAUCGAGGCCUAUUUAACGAACAUUGACUAACAGCAACACGACGCAGCUCUUUUAGUGUGCAAGUUUAUAGUGUGAUACGUGGGAAUGAAACACAUUUAAUUUGAUCACGUUUUCGGUUCUUUCAAAAACCCUUUUCAAUUCAUGCAGUGGCAAUUAAUCGGGGCUGGAUAGACUUUUAGUUUCAACAUUAUUGGUAAGUGAUUGGUCGAAAGCUUAAAAUUGAUUGGGCUGUAGAAAGAUUCAAGUCGACUAAUCAAAACGGAUGCAACGAUGGAUUUUAUGUACAUAGACACAAGCGAGGCGUGUAGCGAUCACUCUCGGCUUUUGCCAUGGCACGUUGGAAUGAGACGUGUUUUCUUUUCAUUUUAUAUUUAAGAAAUUUUUCGUUAGAGCUUUCAUGGGAGCCUUUGGCACAAUGGAACGUUAGUGCUCGCAAGCAAAAACUAUAAAACUCUAGCAUUCAUUCAAUCAAAAACCUCAUAAUCCGCACAUCAAUCAAUCAAUCGUUAAUACCCAAGCUUCAUUUAUGAUAUAAUUUUGUGAUAUAUAAUUAUGUUUACCAUAUUUUAAAUGCAUUUGGACAAUUUAAGCAAUAUUUCAAGCAAACGCCACAAACUAUCAAUCGAUCAAUCCAACUGGCACGUCAACUUCAAUAAAUUAAUUGAUUGACAAUCAAUCGAAUACACAACCUUUCAUAUUUUAUAAUGUAAUAAGAGUUCAUGUAAGUCUAGCAUUCAUUCAAGCAAUACAUUUAAGCAUCAAUCGAUC